AGAGGAAAUGGGAGUUGAUUGAUGGCAUGCAAACAGUGUACAGAAACUAAAAACUGUACUCAACAUAUCAGAAAUUAAGAUCAAAUGGCGAGCUUAAGGCAAGAACAGCUCAGACUUGGACACAGCAACCGCAUAGCUGCUGUUAAUUUAGAGGGCCAGACCCCUUCUCCCGUUGAUCAUCAUCAUCAAAAGGACCCAAAUACUCACCAGAAACCUGGCUGGAGAAACUUCCUAUCAUAUGUAGGACCUGGCUUUCUGGUUUCUUUGGCUUAUCUUGAUCCUGGCAAUUUGGAAACCGAUAUGCAGGCUGGAGCAAACCACGGUUAUGAGCUUCUGUGGGUCAUUCUUAUUGGUUUGAUUUUUGCUCUCAUUAUUCAGUCUCUAGCUGCAAAUCUUGGUGUGAGUACAGGAAAGCACCUGUCUGAAUUGUGCAAGGCAGAAUACCCAAAAUAUGUCAAGCUUUGUUUAUGGUUACUAGCAGAGGUAGCAGUAAUAGCUGCAGAUAUACCAGAAGUGAUUGGAACAGCUUUUGCACUAAACAUACUAUUUAAUAUCCCAGUAUGGGUUGGAGUUCUGAUUACUGGCUGUAGCACUCUCCUCCUCCUCGGUCUACAGAGAUACGGGGUGAGAAAACUGGAAUUGUUGAUAGCAAUAUUGGUGUUUAUAAUGGCUGGAUGUUUCUUUGGUGAAAUGAGUUAUGUAAAGCCUCCUGCGGUAGAAGUGAUUAAAGGCAUGUUUAUCCCUAGACUUAAGGGCUCCGGAGCCACCGGAGAUGCCAUUGCUCUACUAGGUGCCCUCGUAAUGCCACACAAUCUUUUUUUACAUUCUGCUCUUGUGCUCUCUAGAAAAGUACCCAAUUCUGUCCGUGGCAUCAAUGAUGCUUGUCGAUUUUUUCUUAUAGAAAGUGGAUUUGCACUCUUUGUAGCAUUCCUAAUCAAUUUAUCAAUCAUCUCCGUCACAGCUACUGUUUGUUUGUCCAAAAAUCUCGCACCUGGGGAUGUUGAUCGAUGCAGCGAUCUUAAUCUUAACUCUGCUUCUUUCUUGCUUCAGAAUGUGCUUGGAAGAUCCAGCUCAACUAUAUAUGCCAUUGCAUUAUUAGCUUCAGGGCAAAGCUCCACCAUCACAGGCACUUAUGCUGGCCAAUAUAUAAUGCAGGGUUUUUUGGAUCUUAAGAUGAAAAAAUGGACAAGGAACCUAAUGACUAGGUGUAUUGCCAUUGCUCCUAGUCUUGUUGUCUCAAUUAUUGGUGGAUCUUCUGGAGCAGGCCGACUAAUCAUCAUUGCAUCAAUGAUACUUUCAUUUGAGCUUCCAUUUGCAUUAAUUCCUCUUCUCAAAUUCAGCAGCGGUUCUACCAAGAUGGGACCAUAUAAGAACUCGAUUUAUGUUAUUGUAAUUUCAUGGACUCUAGGGUUGAUGAUAAUUGGCAUAAAUAUAUAUUAUCUAAGCACAGGCUUUGUGGAUUGGCUAAUUCACAAUAACCUACCAAAAGUUGGGAAUGUGUUCAUUGGGAUAAUAGUAUUUCCUCUAAUGGCGAUCUAUAUUAUCUCAGUUAUCUACUUGACUUUUAGAAAAGACACUGUUGUGACUUAUAUUGAACCAGUAAAUGAUGAGCAAAUUGGCCAAGCUACCAUGGAAAGUGGGCUAAAAAAAUCUGGAGAUCCUUUGGAGAUAGAUCAUCAACUACCUUAUAGAGAGGAUUUGGCUGAUAUUCCACUUCCACAAUAAUUGGAGUUUCAAUUGCUUUUUCACUACGUAUGAAAUGUGAAAAAUGUGAAUUUGGUUGCUUAUUUCUUUUCCUCCUCUUCCUUUGUUUUAACCAUUUGUGUUCUCUUUCUUUUUUUGUCCCUUUCAAAUCCUUCUAUGUCUUGUCCAUGCUCUUGUGUAGCUUAAAUGUAAUAUUUUGUAGCAUUUCCGUUUUAAACAAUGCUUAAUAUAUUGUGUCUCAAAGGGGUAAUAUUCCCCUCUUUCUUUUUGA